AUGUCGCAGGUAGACCUCAAGAUGAGACCAACACCAUCGAUUGCAAGCUCGCUCUCGCUCCCGAUCUGGUCGUCUUUUGCCGGAGCACAGACGCUGUGGUGGCCGUCUUCGCGCUCUACUCCGCCGCGCGUGGUGCUGCUGUUCAUCCCUGGCAACCCGGGCGUCCCGUCGUACUACAUCGAUUUCCUGCACUCGAUCUACACAUCCCCGCUGCUCAAGUCGUCUGGGAUCGAGAUCGUCGCAGUCUCGCACCGCGGGCAUGCGCCCCUGCCCAAAGUGGGCUCCAACGCGGUAUGGGGCGAUAACAAGACGAAUCAGAGCCAAGCGAGCAAGGGCUACGGCUGUACGCUGCGCGAUCAGGUGCGGCAUAAGGUAGCGGUGGUCGAUGCGAUCAACCGAAUGUACAACGCCGAGGGGCGGCAGACGAAGGUGAUUCUGGUCGGGCAUAGUAUUGGAGCGUGGAUUGCGAGCGAGGUGUUGAAAGCGCGGCCAGAGGUGGGUGUCGAUGGGCUGCAAUUGCUGUUUCCGACGAUGGAGUGGAUCGGGAGGACGCCGAACGCAAGGAAAAUCAACGCGCUGGUGCUGAAUCGAAUCACGCGGAAUGUGGUGCUGCCACUGCCGCUGCUGCUAUUCUCAUUGCUGCCACUAUGGCUAGUCGUGUGGCUGGUACGGUUGAUCACGGGCCAACCGGCACCGGCGUCGCUGGCGACGGCCGAGCUGCUCACGACCAAGGGUGCAGUCUACAACGCGCUCAACAUGGCCCAGGAAGAGUUUGCAACCGUGCAAAAACUGGAACAGUCGACCGUCGAUACCAUCUCGAGCUUCACUAGCGACGAAACGGGUGGAAGAGUACGCUCAUACUGGGCGAGCGAAGACAGCGAUGGCUGGGCGCCUACGUGGAUCCGCACGCAGGUCGAGAGCUCGCUGCAUCUGCACCGUGUCCACCUACCCCCCGGCCUGGGCCUCACCGAUAAAACCCCCUCUCGACCCGGUACAGCCACGGCGAGGGGCAGCAAAACACACAUGCGAACGCGCAGCUUCAGCGUCUCGGAAUAUCGCUCGAGCCCGGGAAGCGUGCCGGACCUGCGCAAUGCCAAAGCGAUCCGCAAACCCAACGGCGAGAUUGUCAUCGAAGCUGUGGUGCAAGAAUCGAGCAGCGACAGCGAAGAUGAGCCACCCAAAUCGGCGUUGACGGGAGGAGGAGAAAGGGAACAAGGCAACGGAACAGGGACGAGUACAAGCGCAAGGGGGCUACAGUAUCAUUAUGGACGUUCGAGAGCUACGAGCACACAUUGCAGGAUCGGGAUACCUCAUGCGUUUUGCUUGAAGCAUUCGGAGGAUAUGGCCAAGAUCGUUGCUCAUUGGAUUUCGUACGACCAUCUUUCGGAGGAGUAG